AUGCAGCAAGAAGCAACUAUUUACGGCGGGGAGCCGAACCCACUGGACACUAGGGGCUUAUGCCUUUUGUCCCUAGAUGGCGGCGGUGUGCGAGGCCUCUCAUCACUCUACAUCCUGAAGAGCAUCAUGGACCGACUUAACCAUGAGCGAAAGGAGACCAAGCUCCCUCCAGUGAAGCCGUGUGAAGUGUUUGACCUUAUCGGGGGUACAAGCACAGGUGGCCUGAUCGCGAUUAUGCUCGGUCGGCUUGAGAUGGAUGUCGAUAAGUGUAUUGAUGCAUACAGCGGUCUUGCAGCAACAGUGUUCGGCGAGAAGCUGAGCUCAAUCCCCUUCAACUUGAGGGGUAAAACCACGGCCCGGUUCGACUCGGCGACACUCAAGAGCGCGAUCGAAAAGGUUAUUGAGGAUAGUGGUGCUUGCCAGGAGGAUCUAUUUAAUGAUGGCAUUGAACGUGGAUGCAGAACUUUCGUUUGUACUGCCGACCGCCAUACAAAGGACAUUGUUCGCCUACGAAGCUAUAGCCUCUCUUAUGAGUCAAAUAUCAGCACGACGAUAUGCCAAGCCGCCCUUGCAACAUCUGCUGCCACAACCUUCUUUGAACCCGUUAGCAUCGGGAACAGAUCGUUUGCUGAUGGUGGACUAGGCGCGAACAACCCAGUAGACGAAGUGGAGGGUGAGGCGUCGAAUAUCUGGUGCCCUGAGACGGGAGAGCUGAAGCCGCAAGUCAAGUGCUUUAUAUCGAUCGGGACAGGGAACCCAGGCAAGAAGCCGUUCGAGGAUAAUUUAUUCAAGUUUAUCGGGAAGACAGUGGUGCAGAUUGCAACCGAGACGGAGAAUACAGAGCAGAAGUUUAUAGCGAGAUGGUCAAAGCAUUUCGACGAGAAGCGAUACUUCCGGUUGAAUGUCGAGCAGGGACUACAGGAGAUUGGGCUUGAGGAGUACAAGAAGAAGGGAGCGAUAGAGGCGGCGACAGAAGGCUAUCUCAAGCACACGGCACAGAAGUUCCGGGUGCGGGACUGUAUUAAGAAUAUGAGACUCAAAGAGAGUGUGUAUCUCGAAGAUUUCAGUUAG